AUGACGAGUACAGUGCCUCCCGACUUUGAGGAAAGGCAGAGCCAUCUUGCCGAGUUUUCAACAGAUUUGGAGGAACUUGUGGCUCCUGAGCAUUUUGACGUUACCGGUACAGGAGCUGUGACGUCAGUGAAGAACCAGGGACUUGCCGGGACUUGUUGGGCCUUUGCUACAAUAGGCAACCUGGAGGGUCAGUACUUUAUGAAGACCAAGGAGAACGCUACGUCUCACUCCCCGGAACAGCUUUCAGACUGUUCGUCUUUCUACGACAAGAAGACAAAACAUUGGACUUGUGGUUUGUACGGGGGCUGGCCUAACGCCGCCUACCAGUACGUGAAACAGACAGGGGGCAUCAACACAGACGCAGACUAUCCUUACUUUAUAGGGUCCUGGCAAGUGCAACAAGUCCCAAUCUGCAGUGCGAUGAUCAAGCCAGAGAAAUUCGUGCCCGGCAUUAAGGUAAAGGAUUAUCAGUACGUGCCCAAAGACGAGGGAGCCAUUGCCAAGUUUUUAAUUAAGAACGGACCCCUGUCUAUAGUCUUUGACGCCCAUGACCUAUUGGGCUAUUCUGGUGGGGUAGUGAAGCCUGACUCAUGCACCCCUAAAAAUACCAACCACUGUGUUUUGUUGGUGGGCUACGGCCAUGACAAGAAAUCGGGACUGGACUACUGGAAGUUCAAGAACUCCUGGGGCCAAACAUGGGGGGAGGACGGUUACUUCAGAAUGCAGAGAGGGGUGGGAGCCUGUGGGGUCAAUCUCAUGGUCAGCUCCGCUAUUUUGGAGUGAGUGAG